AUGUUCCCAACUAAUUAAAAUCUUUUUGUUGUCUUUAAAAACAAAGAUAAAUUCACCACAUAACCCUUUAUCCCAAUUUAAGAUUCAUGCCUUAUUUUAAACUUCCUGUCUCCCUACGAAGAUAUGCUUCUUGACCCUAAUUACCCUAAAAAUAAUCUUAGAACUGAACUUCAUUCUGACAUUAGAUAUAUCAAAGUUGUUGCUUAUCUCUCCAGAAAUUAACCAGACUAUUAUUAGAAUUUGGCCAUGUUACUUAAAAAAUGUGAAGACAUUGCCUAAGAGAUGGAUAGACAUAUUAUAAAAUGA